AUGGGGAACUUUCCAAAGAUUGCAUUCUAUUCAUCCUUUCUUCUUAUUCUGCUCACUUUGAAAGUUAGUGGACGUUUAAUUUCAGAUGGAAAAGAUGAAGUGGCACAAGGUGAAGAAAGAUCGUCUUUCUUGCAACUCAAAGGAAUCGAUUCUUCAGAAGAAGAACAUUGUGAGCAAAUAAUCUUCAAGAUUCUUGGCCCUGGUAUCUUUGGUGCUAGUGCUUUUCAAGUCCUUGGCUUUCUUCCAGAAUCAUUAAUUCUUCUUGUUUCUGGACUUUUUAACACGCAAGAAGUAGCUCAAGAAUAUGUUCUUACUGGUGUUGGGUUGCUAGCUGGAUCAACAAUAUUUCUUCUCACUUUACUUUGGGGAACUUGUGUAAUUAUUGGAAGUCAAGAAUUUGAAUGUGAAUAUAAUUCUAAUACUUCAUUGGCUCCUACCCGAAACCAUUUCAAGAAGUUCUUUUCGUUUCUUACUCGAUGUGGUGUAACUACAGACAAAGAAACAAGUUCAACUGCAAAGAUUAUGCUCCUUUCACUUAUACCCUUUUUGUUUCUUUUGAUCCCGAAAUUAUUUGGGAUGCAAUAUGCUUCUCAUGGAUAUAUUUUCAUAAUCACACUUCCUAUUUCGGUUACUUUCUUGUUAGUUUACUUCAUUUAUCAGGUGUUUGAGCCCUCGAUCCAAAAGAGAAGAUUGUCAUAUGUAAAGCAUGAGCAUUUAGUUUUAGACAUAUUGAAACAUUUGCAAGAGCACACUGCAGAUAAAAUACUCACUGAAGAUGGUUUAGCGAACUUGCCUGCUAUAAAAGGUUUGUUUACAAAGAUUGAUCAAGAUGGGGAUGCUUUCAUAUCUUUUCCUGAACUCAAAGGACUUCUACAAGAUAUAAAAUUUAGGCAAUUAACUUGGGAUAAAGAGCAAACAAUUGAAGAAGUAAUGAAAGAAUUUGAUUAUGAUGGUGACACAAAAGUAACAAUUGAUGAGUUCACUGAUAGAUUCACAAAAUGGCUUGAUGAGACUAAAAAUGCAGUAAAUAAACCUUAUCGUUCAGUUAGUUCUUGGAAAGAUUUAUAUCAGGUUGUCCAACCAUGGGUUCAAACCAAAAAGAAAGAACGUGAAAUGAUGAAGGUUCUAGUAUCAGAAAUUAUCAGGCAUGAUAAAAAUACUCCAUUUGGAAACUUUUAUAAACAAGAUGGAAAACCAAAUGUGUCAGCCAUAAAGAGAUUGUUUAAGAGCUUAGAUGUCAACAACGAUAACUCAAUAUCGUUAUCCGAAUUAAAACAACUUAUGAUGAACGUUGACUUUGGUCAAACAUCAUGGAAUGUGGAUGAAGCAGCAUCUCACAUAAUGGAAGAUCUUGACAAAAGUGGAGAUAAUGAGAUUGAUGAAGAGGAAUUCAUUGAUGGAUUUAAAGAUUUGCUCAACACAAAUGAUCAACUAUUGACCCCUACAACACCCGGCCCUAAAAAUAUAUCACGGAAACCGUGGGAGAGAUAUGAAAAUGAUAACGUGGAUAGAAGUUUGUGGGGAUGGACAAAAGCUGUAAUGCUAUUGGUUCUUGGGAUUGCCAUGCUGGCACUUCUGGCUGAACCACUUAUACACAGUGUACAAAAUGUGUCCAACUCAGCAACCGUUCCUUCUUUUUUUGUGUCCUUUGUUUUUGUCCCAUUGGCCACAAAUGCAAGAGCGGCUGUUGUUGCAAUCCAAACUACAAGUCAACGGAAAGAGAGAACUACUUCGUUGACUUUUUCUGAGAUCUAUGAUGGGGUGUUUAUGAACAAUGUUCUAGGAUUUUCUGUUCUUUUAGCAGUUGUGUAUUUUCGAGGGCUGAUUUGGCAUUUCACUGCUGAAUUAUUGAUUGUGUUUAUUGUUUGUAUCAUUAUGGGGACGACAGCUGGCUUCAGAUCAAAACUUCCUAUUUGGACAUCGUUUACAGCUUACCUGUUGUAUCCCUUAUCUUUGAUUUUUGUGUAUUUUUUUGCGGAUUUUUGAAAGGAAAAAGAAAACAAUAAGUAGAGGAGAAUUUCUUUUGUUCUAUAAAAGAUGAAAUGUAGAGAUGAUGUAUUCAAAUUGAUUUUUCAUUUUAGUUUUUCAUGUACAAAAGUGCUCUUUUGAAACUUGUAUAAACAACAUACGAGAUGAUGAAAUGUAUAUUUGUUCCUUUUCUUCUUAAUCUCCUC